AAUUUCACUCCCUCUUCUGCUCCAAACUAACUACCUGUAAGUGACUCGGUUCUCACAUUUCUCUGACUCAAACCAUGGCGGCGGCUACAUCUGCAGCCACCACCACCUCCAUUCCCAAACCCUCCGCCUCACCCUCCUCCAGAUCAUCAAUCUCUGUUUCCCGAUUUACCCUUCCCUUUUCUCGAAACCCCGCCCCCCACCGUCCUCUCCACAUCUCCAACGCAGUUCCCAAACCCACCACCGCUGUCCCUUCCUCCACCACCACCACCACCAUUACCGCCAUUCCUCCAAAUCCCCGUUUUGCCCCUGAUGAGCCUCGAAAAGGAGCUGACAUCCUGGUCGAAGCACUCGAGCGCCAAGGUGUAACCGACGUGUUCGCAUAUCCAGGUGGCGCUUCCAUGGAGAUCCACCAAGCUUUGACACGCUCCCCAAUUAUCCGUAACGUCCUUCCCCGUCACGAGCAGGGCGGAAUCUUCGCAGCCGAAGGCUACGCACGUGCCUCCGGAAACCCCGGUGUCUGUAUCGCCACCUCAGGCCCCGGCGCCACCAAUCUCGUCAGCGGCCUGGCCGAUGCCCUUCUCGACAGUGUCCCCAUUGUGGCUAUUACCGGCCAAGUUCCUCGCAAAAUGAUUGGUACGGAUGCAUUUCAAGAAACGCCCAUUGUUGAGGUAACUAGAUCAAUAACUAAGCAUAAUUAUCUGGUUCUUGAUGUUGAUGAUAUUCCAAGAAUUGUUAAGGAAGCGUUCUUUUUAGCUACUUCGGGUCGCCCUGGUCCGGUUUUAAUUGAUAUUCCUAAAGAUAUUCAGCAACAAUUAGCUGUUCCUAAUUGGGAUGUCCCUAUAAAAUUGCCUGGUUACAUGUCUAGAUUGCCUAAGAAUCCCAAUGAGUCUCAUUUGGAACAGAUUAUUAGGUUAAUUUCCGAGUCGAAGAAACCUGUUUUGUAUGUUGGUGGUGGGUGUUUGAAUUCGAGUGAGGAGUUGAGGAGGUUUGUUGAGUUGACUGGGAUUCCGGUGGCUAGUACUUUGAUGGGUCUUGGUGCUUUUCCCGUCGGGGAUGAGUUGUCUUUAGGAAUGCUUGGUAUGCAUGGAACUGUUUAUGCUAAUUAUUCGGUUGAUAAGAGUGAUUUGUUGCUUGCAUUUGGUGUGAGGUUUGAUGAUCGUGUUACUGGAAAACUUGAGGCUUUUGCUAGUCGAGCGAAGAUUGUUCAUAUUGAUAUUGACUCUGCUGAGAUUGGGAAGAAUAAGCAGCCUCAUGUGUCUGUUUGUGGUGAUGUUAAGCUAGCUUUGCAAGGGAUGAAUAGUAUUAUGGAAAGUAAAGGUAUUAAGAAUUCGUUAGAUUUUAGGGCGUGGAGAGAGGAGUUGAAUGAACAGAAAGUUAAGUAUCCUUUGAGUUUUAAGACUUUUGGUGAGGCAAUUCCUCCUCAAUAUGCUAUUCAAACUCUUGAUGAAUUGACCGACGGAAAGGCUAUUAUAAGUACUGGAGUUGGUCAGCAUCAGAUGUGGGCUGCUCAGUUUUAUAAAUACAAAAGGCCACGACAAUGGUUGACUUCAGGGGGAUUAGGAGCUAUGGGUUUUGGAUUACCUGCUGCUAUCGGAGCUGCUGUCGCUAAUCCUGGUGCAAUUGUUGUUGACAUUGAUGGUGAUGGAAGUUUUAUCAUGAAUGUUCAGGAGUUGGCAACUAUCCGUGUCGAGAAUCUGCCUGUCAAAAUAAUGCUUUUGAAUAAUCAACAUUUGGGAAUGGUGAUGCAAUGGGAGGAUCGGUUCUACAAGGCUAAUAGAGCGCAUACUUAUUUAGGAGAUCCCGCAAAUGAAACUGAGAUUUUCCCCAAUAUGUUGAAAUUUGCUGAAGCUUGUGGAAUACCAGCUGCUCGUGUAUCAAGGAUAGACGAUCUUAGAUCAGCAAUCCAAGAAAUGUUGGAUACACCUGGACCUUACUUAUUGGAUGUGAUUGUACCGCAUCAAGAACACGUCCUGCCCAUGAUCCCAGCUGGUGGUGCUUUUAAAGAUGUGAUAACUGAGGGUGAUGGAAGAAUAAAGUAUUGAUCUUUCCUUCAUGUAUUAAGCCUUUUUAUUUAUGUAAGUCUUAUGUGCAAUUCCAUGUCCAAUGUUAAGUUGCAGGCUCUUAGCUUUCUUGCUAGUUUUUAGUGUUCUUUUCUUUCUUUGAACAGAACCUUAUGUGAUAUGCUAUGUUCUUUGUCAGCUUUGGUAAUAUGAGCAAGUAGUUUGUGUUUGGACUCAGGCUCUCGGAAUCUUGUAAUUGCUUUUAGGUAAUAAACUCUGGUUUGUUUAUGCUA